GUUCCCCUACUGUCCCUCCUUCGCUCGUAGUUGAGUGGCACUAGCGGAUACAGUGGGAGAGUUUCUGUGUGGAUGUACGAGCUUAGAUUCACUAGAAGCCUGUACUUCUACGAUGCAUCUCUAUACCUCAACUGCACACUACAAUCUGCAGACUAGGAUGUAACUAUUUCCACAUGUUUUCCUUUUUGUACGCCGCAUUUUUUCCUUUGUAUAUUUUUGUACAUUUUUUAAAAAUAAUUAAUUGUUAUGCAAGGAAUAACUUACCAAACAUGACCGGGACAUACUUUUUGGUGGGCAAGGCAAAUACUCGAAUGAGUUCAAGACGACCUAUCCGAAGUUCAUAAAAGGGAUUAUUGAAUCUAGACAGCGUUCGAUGCUUCUGGCUUUUCCUCUGGAUUUGGGAUUUAUUGCUUCUCGACAGAAUGGAAAGCCGGGAUUUCGCUCCUCCACACCACCUCUUGACAGAGCGGGGCGCGCUGGUUCACCACGCCUCCUCUCGGAUAGCUUCUGGCGGCCGAGGCACGGUGCAGCACCCCGCUCACUUCCAGCCUGGAAAGUACUAUUCCUCUCACAUCGCCAUGGCCCCACAUUCAGGUGGUUCGUUCAUGGGCUCGUUUCUGGCCAGCAGUUUGGGCUCUCCCCCGUCUCACCCUGCCUCCCCUUCCUCCCCCUCCUACAGGGGAGGACCUCACUCCAGCGCCUCCCCCAUCUGGUUCCCUCACUCACAUGAAGGGUAUCCCCGGUAUUCAGGAGGUCUGACUUCCCCCUUUCUUCCCAUGAGCUCCUUGGAUCACCAUAGCAACAGCAGCAUUCUCUACGGACAGCACCGCUUCUACGACACUCAGAAAGAUCAUUUCUACUUGCGAAGCCUGCCGUCCCAGUCCCCUCUUCUCUCAACCAAUCACAGCCUUCCGCCACUGUCUAGGACUGCCCCCGGACAUCCUCUGGGGUCCUGCAGCAGAGAAACAGACUCUGGGGGAGGAGGAGGUGGAGGGAGUCUCCAAAAGAGCUCCAAGGAACUGGGAAUGGUGGAAAAGAGUGUGUCGAAAGAGAGAUCCAUCAGCAAAGAGAGACACCAGGAGAGCAAAGAGAGACAUCAUCAUCAACACCAUCAACAUCAGCGUCAUCCGUUCUCUCAACCCCACUCCCUCCCCACUCACAUGGGUGAGGAGGACCACAGACACAAAACCCCCAACCUGCCCACAGAAUACAGGGACGACCCCGCAAACCAGGGCUCCAAACACAACUGUGCUCAACUUAGCAAACUAUCCAACGGAGACUCUGUGUCCAAGGACGGGUCCCUGAACAGCUGUGGAGGGGGUAGCAGACCCCAGGGGAGUGGUAGUGGGGGGACGAGGCGAUGCUCCAAGGAAGGGGGGGUGAGCGGGGAGAUGAGGAUAAGCGAAACUCUCCCCUCCUCCUCGUCAGACUGUCUGCGUCGAGCAGCCAUGAUGGGACCCCACAACCCCCAUGCCAUGGCUUCCUACUCCAUGCCCCCGCCCCCUCCUCCACCCCUACACAUGGGCCCUGCUGUGGGAGGGGGCUGGCUCCACCACCCUCAUCACCCCCAUCACCCUCACCCUGAGUUCUACUGCCCCCCUGCCCCCGCCCCACUCACCCUCACCCACCCUAAAGACGGAGUAUCUGGGAGGGAGGUAAAAGUCUCUGGCCCAACGUACAUCCCCUCAGUCGGGCCUUUAGGGGACAUGGGGUCCCCUGACUGCCAUGGUGCUGGAGGAGGAGGAGGAGAUAAGGGUGGAAAAGGGGCAGAGAACAGCGGAGGAGGAGGAGGAGGAGGAGGAGGAGGAGGAUCUAGUGAAAGUCUUCCUUCUCUACAUCCUCAUCCUGAUCGUCCUCAGUCUAGUAGCUGCCAGAGGAAGCCGCCGUCCCAGACGCAGCAGCCACAGCCACAGCAGCAGCUGGGCUACUGCAAGGCAGACAAGCCCCCGGACUGGAACCAGAACCACAACUACAACCAACACCACAGCCAGAACACCCAGCCCAACUCCCAGCCUCAGCCACAUAACCCUAACCGCCAGUCUGGGCCUCGCUCUUGCAGCCUAGAGGCUUCUUCCUCCAGGGGAGACCUGGAGGCCCUAGAGGUCUACCGGGCCUCCCUGCCUCUGGAAGCCCAGAGUGCUCACCCCAGGCCUGGGCACCAAGCCACCAAGACUGGGCCCUACGCCAGCACCCCGCCCUUCCGGGACUGUUCACACUCAGGUCCUCCUGAUGGAAAGGGGGGGUUGGGGGGGAGUGGAGGUGCCCAGAGAGAGGGACAGAAGGUUGCUAGGAUACUGCACCAGCGGCACAGUAGUCAUGGAAGCGGGUCGGGUUCUGAUGGAUCAGGGACUGAGAGGGGGAGAGAGGGGGGGAAGCAGAAUCAGAAGAGUGAGGGUGUUGUCAUGGGGUACAGGGGUCAAACUCCCCCCACGCUGCACCCCUGGGGGAUACCGAGGGGUCCCCAAGAAGAUGAGAGGAGGAUCUCCCCAUACACAGAGUCCUACCCAGAUAACAAGACUCAAAACCACCACGAUCAACAGCACUGUAAGACAGCACCUCACCCCUCCUCCCACUCCUCCCCCCACCCAGAAGGAGAGAGCAGCGCCAUGAAGAACCUGAUGAACUACAGUUCCCAGCAGCCUUUGCUGCUCUCCCAGAAGAGUCUGUUCGGGGGGCUGGGCUGCCUGAAGCCGGGGGGCGAGAAGGGGGGUAGAUCCAGCACCCCUCAGGAGCCCCCCAAACAGCCCCUACCACCCAGGAGAGGGUCCACCAGCGAGGGGGAGAGGAUGGACGGAGGGGGGAGAGGUAGAAGGGAGGCGGGGGAGACACACGGGGAGGGGGAGGUACGACAGCCCCCUGUGGGUAUAGCUGUGGCGGUCGCCCGGCAGAGAGAGCCCCCCCAACACCCAUCAGCAACCCCCCCAGGACACAGCCGACAGGGCAGGGUGCUGCCCAGUGUCAAAGGUGUGUCUCGGUCUGUGUACCCGCUGGGCCGGGAGGCAGAAGAGAGGAAGAGGAUGACUGAGGAGCAGCUCAGCCUUCAUCACCUCGACCGAGACAGAGAACUCCUCAUCAGGGAAAGCCAGGAGAGAGUGGAGUUUGCCAGGAUCCACCCAUCCAGCAGUUGCCAUGGUGACCUGACCUCUCACCUUCUAGUGCCUGGCGGGGCCAGCCAAUUAGGUGGAGACCCUUCUGCUCACUCCCACCACCAUUGGAUGCAGCGGACUGGAAGUCCCUCCCUCUGGAUGGGCCAUUCAUAUGGUCUGAGCCAUGCUGCGCUGCACCAGAGUAUGGGCCCAGGGUUCGGCCCUAGCCUGCCUCUGUCCCAGGACCCCUCUGGCUCCCUGGUGGUCCUGCCCUCUGAGCCUGCACACCACCACCUGGAUGUGAUGGAGCAGUCAGCUCUGUGGCCCUCGGUCUAUGGAGCCCGAGGCCUGUCACCCCACAUGCAGCAUCACUCUGUUUACUCCCGUUCUCCGUUCCUACGACAACAGGAGCUCUUUGCCCUGCAGCACCACCACCACCAACAACAACACAGGGCCAUGGAGCACAUGCACCGACAACACACACUCUCACAGAGGAAGGCAGAGGAAACCACUAUCACCAUUGAUGACCGUCCUCUCCAUGAGACCCCGAGAACCUUUCGUGCUGCUAAGCUCUUCUCCCACACCCCUCCCUCCAAGACUACCCCUCCCUCACAGGGGGUGUGUCCUAGCAGCCACCAAUCACCCUGCUGCCACUCCCCUUCCAGGAGACCACACCCCCAGAACCUUCUAAACCCCGCCCCCAGCCCUGCGGCUGCAGCCCCGAGAUCCCCAGCUCUAAGCCCCGCGCCCUCACACCUGUCAAAAGUAGUGGAGAGAGGGGAAAGAGGAGAGGGGCAGCCGCCUCAGGAUUACCCACAAUCCUUAGAGCCAGAUCUUCCACCAGGUUACACCUAUCCAGAAAUCGCCAUGCGUUACAAGGCUGAUCCUUCCCUAGAGGAGGCUCGAUUUGCUGAACAUGCUGAUCUAGAGGUGGAGCCAACUGAACCCUGCCCUAAGCUCUGCCCACACACCACAAGGAUUGUGGAGAAUGAGGAUGCGGGAAAAGAGAAGAAGGAGAACGGCUGCACAGUUGUAGAAUCUAGUGGAGUUGUAGAAAGGGAACAAGAAGGAGCAGAGGUGGAUGGGCAAUCAGUAUCUGAGCCCCCACUAUUUGGAGUGAAGACCCCUGAAAUGGUGCCUUGUCCUGCCCAAGUUUCAAACUCAUCACCAGCCACAGUUCCAGCUCCAGCCCCAAUCUCUGCAUCUGAGGAUGCCCAGAAAGGAGAGGUCUUUGUGGGCAGCCUGGCUCAGCCAGCUGGCUUGAAAGACUCACAACCAGCAGAGGAGAAGAAAGAGGAGGAGAAGGAGGAAAGUUCAGUAGAGUUGAAAAAUAAUCACAUACCAGAUUGUAAUGAGGAGGAGAAGGAUGUAGAGGAGAAGAAGGAGAGAGAGAAGAGUAAGGAGGAGGAGGUAGUGGAGAAUGAGGAGAGAGAGAAGAGCAAGGAGGAGGAGCUAGAGAAGGAGGAGAGAGCCCCAACCCCAACCCCAACCCCAACUCCAACACCGUCCUCUACCCUCAGUGAUGAUCCCUGCAUCUGGAGUCUGGAGCUUCUCAUCGCUGCGGCGCUGUGUGCCACCCAGGAUGAACGCUACCCCGCUAUGCUCCCCUCCACUACACCGCUGCCUGCCCCACGCCCACUCCCACACCGAGGCAUGGAGAUACUGGGAGAAUUGGCUGAGCUGGGGAUACUGCAGAGGAACAGGGAGAAGGAGAGAGCGACAGGAGGAGAGGACGUUUUGACCUUUGACCUUAGUAGCCUGGCGACCCUGGCUGCGGCUCGCAGUCUGGAGCUUGGGGAAGGAGCUCCAGGGAGUGGGGAGGGGAAGCACUGUCCCGUCAGGAUGACCUUCAACCUGCGACGGAAAUGCAGCUGGACGCCUCGCCACGAGCCGGUGUGUCCGGUGAAGGGUGUCAUGGAGACGGUGGAUGGGGCGGAGCUAGCGAUACGAGUCCAGCUAGCGGAGAUCCAGAGACGUUACAAAGAGAAACAGAGAGAACUGACAAAGCUGCAGAGAAAACAUGACCGCCAGAAAGCAGAGACCUCUCAUAGCCCUGCUCGCAGACGACCCGGUCGCCCCCGGAAACGCAAGUCUACCUCCAGUCCCAGCGCCUCAGACGGCCCCAAGAGACUCAGGGCGGAGGAUUAUGAAGCAGAUGGGAGCAGAGAGAAGCGGAGGAAGACGAUGACUAAUCAUGGCUUCCUCACGAGGAGGAAAGGUCGUCCCAGCCUGAGCUCCCGACUAGCACGGAGGGUGACCCAGCUGAAGCAGAAGGUUGUGGCCCAGAGAGGUGCACCAUCAGGGGGCAUGCACCGCCGCAGACGGGACCCCAGACCUGGAGCCCACGAAAACUGCAGAGAGAGUGGCACAGCAGCCGAUACAUCCAGUAACCAGCAGGACUGGGUGCCCAAUCAGGGGGUGAGGAGAAGGAGAGGUCGACCAAGGGUCAAACUGGGCGGACCUUCGACCAGAGUCCUCCGCAGAGGAGGUGUGGCCUCUGUGAAGCAGGAAAUGAACGAGGGGAAGAGCAACAGCGAGUGCUCAGGCCAGGAGGAGGAAGAAGAGAGGCGCUAUGACAGCGACGAAGGACUCAAUGACGUAAAUACAACGAUACCAUCCUCUAAAGACACGCCAACAAACUCUGCUGCGACUGGCCCAACCGCUAAGCUCCAAGCCAAUCAGAAAGCCAGGAGCAAGGAGGAGAGGCAAUGUGAUGAUGUGAGCAUGCCCAGUGUGGCACUGAGGAGGAGAGGGGCCCCCUGCAGGCCAGGCCCUGCUACUGUAGAUGGGAGAUGCCCAGAGCUCCAGGAGCCACAAGGGGCUAGGAGAGAACCUGUACCCAGCUGGAGAGUCUCGUUAGUGGGCAACAGCCUCCAGGACAGCAGGGGGGUCCAGGGACCAGUGGCGCAGGCAAAGAGGAAGAUCUCGGGACAACAAAGCUUUCUGGGAAAGAGGAGGGGCUGCUGGCUAGAGACUGAGACCCAGAGAGAGGACACCACCAGGGGCAGGAGGAGCAGGAAGAAGCAGGCUAAGGGGCGUGCAGUGAGCCGGCUUCUGGAGAGCUUUGCGGCUGAUGAAGGAUUCCGAUUGGACGAGGAGAGCAGCUUCUCUGAGGGGGAGGAGGAAGACAUGGAGCAUACACCUCACACACACAGAGAACCAGCACUGCUUAACUGUGUGUUGAGCAGGGAGAUGCUGGUGGAUGGUCUGAAGGUGUUGAUAUCUAAGGAGGAUGAGCUGCUGUAUGCUGCCCGACUACACACUCUGGACCUGCCUGACAUAUUCCGUGUAGUGAUCGAGGGGGAGAGAGGGAACAGGCCUAGGAUCUACUCUCUAGAACAGAUAUUACAAGAAGCGGUGUUGGACGUGCGGCCACAGACAGAGGCCAUCCUGACUGCUGGGACACGUGUGUGUGCCUACUGGAGCGAACGCUCCCGUUGUCUCUACCCUGGAAACGUCCACAGAGUGGUUCCGGGCGAGGAGGAGAAGGGAAGUGUGAUGGUGGAGUUUGAUGAUGGAGACAGAGGAAGGAUCUCCCUGCCCAACAUACGCCUGCUGCCCAAUGGGUACCAGAUACACUGUGCGGAGCCAUCUCCAGCCCUGCUCUCAACUGGACGUUGUGGUCGCAGAAGCUCCACCCAGGACAGUAGAGACAAGCCCACAGAGGGACCAAACAAUGAAGAGGCAGAAGGAAGGAGCCAGGAGAGGAGACCAGUUGGACGACCAAAGAAGGUCAAGCCAGAGGCCAAUAGUUCAGCCACGACAUCGUCAGAGAGAGUAACCGGGGGCAACACUUCCUCGAUAAGCUGGCCGGCGAAGAGACUUCCAGCGGACUUCUUCCUGUUUAACGGGACAUCCCGUAAAACCCACCGAGUGUGUCGCCAGCGAGACCUGGGGGUGUUCCACCGCCCAGCCACACACCCCCUCACCCCUCCCACACCCCUCAAGUGCAUCUUUAGUUCCCCCUUUGAGGUUGACUCUUUCAGUAGCAUCGCCAACGGUUACGCUGGAGCCUUCAGAAGUGGAACCCACCGGCCUGUUACCACGGUAACGCCCCUGGUGCUAAGUGACUCUGUCGCCAUGACAACGGCACCCUCCAACAGGAAGUCGAGUGACAGGUACAGAAAACAGUUCCUGGUGAAGCUUGACCACGAGGGCGUGACCUCGCCCAAAACAAAGAAUGGGAAAGCUCUGCUGCGUUUGGGGGGCGGCAGGGGGCACAAGGGUCCAUCUGCAGGGGCAGAGAGGGCACCUCUCAGGUACAUCCACCCUGCCCUGGUGGUGAAGGAGGGGGCACCUCUCAGGUAUAUCCACCCUGCCCUGGUGGUGAAAGACAGAAAUAAAGGAGAAAGAAGAGGAGAGAGUGGAAUGUCCAAGUCUGAGCCGCCCCUGAAAGGGGCGCCAGCCCUCAGAAAGGGGCUCCCCUCGUCUGGUUUAGUGGGUCUGGGGGGAGAGUUUGGUACUCUGGACUGCCCCAGUGACUACCCUAGCUCUUACUCUGAGCUGGAUGAAGAUGAUGAUGAUGAUGAUGAUGAUGGAGAUGAAGACGUAGCUCGGAGGAGAGCAGCAGCGGCGGGCGCAGGACGUUUCCUCUCACGUCUCUCUGUUUGCUCCUCGUCCUCUUCCUCUUCCUCCUCUUCUGGCUCCCUCUCUUCUUCCUCCCUCUGUUCUUCCGACUCCUCCUACUCCUCUGACGAAGAAGAAUCUUCAUCACUCCUUCUCCGCCGAGCGCUGCUCCAGCAGCAGAAACACAAACACAAACAAAGCUUGACGUCUAACACCUUAACCCCUGACCCCACCACAAAGCCCAACCCAAGCCCCUCCUCGGCAACACCACACUCCUACGUUGCAAAGGCAGCCAUGUCCGUCACUGGGGAGUCAAAGGUGAGAGGAAGUGAUAGAGGAGAGGACAGGAAGGAGUACACAUCAAAGGGGAGGACCAAUAGUAGCAGCAGUGCAUCCAAAAGCCAAACCAAGAGGAAAGGUGGACCCGUCUCCAACACACACACUCCGACCCCCAACACACACAACCCGGCCUCCCAGCCCAAACCUCCCAAGGACCACCCAGCAGAAAAGAGGCAGAGGAUGUUGUCACCGAUCCCCCAUCCUAAUAUGUCCGCCCUCCUGCCGGGUCGCCAGCUGUGGAAGUGGUCUGGAAAUCCCACACAGAGGCGUGGUCUGAAGGGUAAGGCCCGUAAGUUGUUCUACAAGGCGAUUGUGCGUGGUGGUGAGACGGUGCAUGUGGGGGACUGUGCUGUGUUCCUGUCCCCCGGUCGGCCCCAGCUGCCCUACGUGGGGCGGGUGGAGAGCCUCUGGGAGUCCUGGUCCUCCAGCAUGGUGGUCAGAGUUAAGUGGUUCUACCAUCCCGAGGAGACGAGCCUGGGGAAGAGGCAACAUGACGGAAAGCAUGCUUUGUACCAGUCGAGCCAUGAGGAUGAGAACGAUGUCCAGACCAUCUCCCACCGCUGCCAGGUGCUCAGUCGCACCGAUUACGAGCACCUGAUUCGCCGACGAAAGCCAGGGGGUGGGGCCCAGGAUCUGUUUUACCUGGCAGGGACCUACGAGCCAACCACAGGCCAGCUGGUUAGCGCCGAGGGCGUGGCCAUCGUCCCCUAGCAACAACUAUGGAGUGUAAACAAAACAAAGCCUUAAAGAUGGCAGCCUCAACUCUCCAGGAUGAAUCCAGCUACUGGUGCUGGUGUCAGUGAAGCAUGGUUCUGUCCAAAUCUAGAAGAGUUUGGAAACGAGGACCUUCCUUGGUUCUAGUUCCUGCUGGUUCUGGAUCUUGGUUCUGGGUCCUAUCUAGGUGUGGACGAUCCCAACCCAAAAAUGGAUAACAGCACUUUGGACCGCAGCACUGAAGUCAUCUGUCACAGAGUCAAAAACUGUCAUAGACUGACUCUCUGGCAGUUUGUCAGACUGUCAUAGACUGACUCUCAGGCAGUUUGUCAGAGACUCCUGUGACUCUUACUAGGUUGUUGCUGUAAGUGAGAAUGUGAUGUGUUCACUUCUCAGUCUAGAGACCUGGUUAAAUAAGGGUUAUAUAGAAGACAUAAAAUAGAGACUGGGAAAGGGAGUGAGAGAGAGAGACUACACUGGUGGCUACACUGCUCUGAUGAUAAAUGAAUGACGGCAGGAUUGAGAAAUCCCAAAAGGACCAAAAACACUGUAGUUCUGAAGUGUGUGUGUGAGAGAGAGAGUAUGUGCUGAGUGGUUGUAAUGGAUGCAUUUGGUCCUUGAACAGCUGAGAGUAAAUAGUGCUUUAGUGCAUUUGCGGUGUGUUUGCGUGUGUGUGUUUGCGUGUGUGUGCGUGCGUUGGUCUCUCUUCUAGACCUCACCAUGGAAACCCUAGAUGUCUUUAAAACUCAAAAAGUAAACCUACUAAACCUAAAUCUAUGAAUAUUCAUAUAUCAAUGGAUUUACUAACCGCUUCUUCUCUAGACAGAAAACAAGACAAAAAGGAAUGAUUAUUUCUACAGUCAAGCCAUACACUUCAAUACCUCUCAUAUCCUUCUAUUCAGGUACAGCUGAAUGAUUUGUCUAUUUCUGUGUGUUGUACAGCAUUAUGUAUAAAGACUUUAAUAUUCAACUGGACAUAGUAUACAUAUAUAAUAUACAUGAAGAGAGAACUAUAUUCCUCUUUGUUGCUCUUUACGUUGUUAUUUUUUAAAUGACUGUUGAAUAGUUAUUUUGGCUUAGGGGGAGGAGCUUUAAGACUUCUUCUCUUUCUGCACUGAGUACGUUGUGGAGAUGGGAUGGGGUCCAUGAGGGGUAAAGCUGUAAAUAUGCGACGGGAUGGGUUCAAGUCCCAUUUUGGGGGUUAGUGUGGAUUUAGUGACCGGGGAUGUUUUUAUAAGAAAAGUGGAAAAUGAUUUUUUUGUUCACAUCAUCAUUGGUCUGGUUUUGUAUAUUGUUCUUCUAGGUUUUAUUGUCUAUAAUAAUGUUGCUUAUUCUCCUGCGGGGGUUUCAAAUGUAGAUUUCUUUGUUUUUAGAAAUACUGGAAAGAGUUUUUUCUAUUCGCUGAUCCUUAAAGGUCCAGACUAGAGAGUUCUAGAUGUUCUAUAUCUAUAUAUUCCUAGAGGAAAUCUAUGAAAAUGUAUCUGGCCUAAAAAAAUACUAAACCAAAGCGCAUCUAUGUUUCGUUUCAUCACAUUAGAAUGCAAUAUGAAGAAAUAUAAAAAUAUGAAAAUAUUCAAUAAAAUCUGAAUUCGGAAAUCCCUGCGAUCAUAUUCAAGUAGCACACCUGGGUUUCCCUCCUACCUGUUGGCAUAGGACAUGGCUUAACAUUCACCAUCAUGUUGCCAUGGGAACACAGCAACUUUAUCUUCCUGCACGUAGCUUGGCUGUUGCACUUGAAGGCUCCAUGACAACCAUAUGGCAUCUCAUGACUGUGUAGGACAAUCAAAGCCAAUCAAAAGAGGGGAAUGUCAAAAAAAAAAUAAUGAUUAAGGAUCCAAUCAAAAUUGUGCUUAAUCUUUUCACUUUUCUUCCUGCUUUGCCAAAAAUGUGUCUUUCUGUUUUUAUUUUUAUUUCACCUUCCACCCUUUCCUGCAGUUAUACAUGCCUGGGAUGACUGUGUUUUCAGUGUUGGGGUUUUCACAAGGAGAACAUGAAUGCCUUUUCAUAUGAGACGUACAUGAGCUGACUUUUUUAAACAACAUUGUUGCUGUAACACUAUGACGCAAAAGCUUAAAAUAAAUCUAAUGUGAACAUCCAUGUUAUAUUACUUUUUGUAGGUCUUUAAACAAUAUUUGAAAAGCUGUAUUUUCUGAAAGAAACACUGGAUUCAGUUCUAAACAUCACAUUGGGUGAAGUGACAUCAUCUUUUUUGAGACCAACUGGAAACGACUUACUUUGUAGGUUUGGUAUAUAGUUUGUGACAAUUGUCUCAGUCAUUGUUGGAAAUAUGACUAAAAUAUUUCCCCUGUGUAAAAAACAAAGUUAUUUAUCUUAAUUUUAUUGCCUUUCUGUUGCAUUUAAUUAAUAAAAAAAUGCUCAAAUCUA